UUGUGCUUCUCAGAAUGUCUUCAAAAGGACAUUAAAUAUGAAAACACCGAACCAGUUGCGAAAGCUUCAUACGCUGAUGGUGAAACAGUGAAAGUAAACUGCAUGGCAGGUUAUACUGGCUUGUAUAAAUUAAAGUGUGAAAAGGGAAAAUGGAAGAAAUCCACUGAGCGACCAUGUGCAAAAAAAAAAUGUAGUCAUCCAGGUGACACACCAAAUGGUGAUUUUAAACUUAAGGAGGGAACGGAAUUUGUUUUUGGAGCAACAGUGUUGUAUACUUGCAAGAAAGGGUAUGAAAUGGCCAGCAGAACCAAUCAGCGUACCUGCAGAGCUCAAGGAUGGGACAAUGCUGUUCCUGUCUGUGAGGUUGUGAAAUGUCCAGCCAUUCGCACAGACGGGGAUGUAACUGCAUCAGGCAAAACAGAGGAUGGAAGUUAUGGUGAUAUUAUUCACUUUGAGUGUGUAUCUUCUGAUAAAAUAGUAGACAGAAGUAGUGACAUUCAGUGUGAAGAGACGGGCAAAUGGAGCGACAUUGUUCCAAAGUGCAAAGAAAUAACAUGCACAGCGCCUGUCAUAUCAAAUGGAAAUGUUGUUGAUCCACAGCCAAAAUACCAUAAAGAUGCUAUAUUAAAAUACAAAUGCAAUCAAGGGUUCAAGGAGAGCGAGGAUAUCCCCAGAUGUGCUAAAUUUGGCUGGACUCUGAACCCAGAAUGUCAUGAAAUAACUUGUGAGCUGAAGUCAACCACUUUUGGGGUGCAAAAGAUCAAACCGAAGGAAAAAACUAUUUUCAGAGCUGGAGAAAGUGUGGAGAUCACCUGCUCUGAAAAACACUGGCUGUUUGGUACAAAAAAAAGCAACCGAUCUUUUACAUGCCAAAGUAAUGGGAAGUGGGACUAUGAGCCUGUUUGUGAAGAGAUUACUUGUGAAGAUCCUCUUGACCAGCAUGUGUCUAGACCAUACUGGGGAAAGCUGAAACUGGGAGUAAAACAGUUUUUCAGUUGUGAGUCUGGAUAUCGUGAAAUGGGAAAAGUGGCCACAUGUACCCGAGAUGGAUGGAUACCAAAACCACUCUGUACUGGGCCCUGUAUAGUGACGGUUGAGGAAAUGGAUAAAAGAGGAAUAGAGCUGCGGUGGAAGCCAAAGGGAACAAUAAUCUCACCACAAAAUGAUCACAUCGAAUUUGCAUGCCAGAGGGGCAAACAAUUAAGAAGCAAUAUCCUCCUAAAACAAAAGUGUAAUGAUGGAGUGAUGGCUUUGCCUGAGUGUGUGUGACAGUGGAAAUAGAGCAUAGAUGAAGCAUAAGCAGUACUACGUAGAAAAAACAGCAGAGCAGAUCAAAAUAAACCAAAAAAAUUCCCAAUUCAGUUUCUCUGUUUUGUAUUUCUUGCGAG